AUGUCCUCUCCCACCCCCACUCCCGACCCCCCCACUAGCCCCCCCUCGGCCCUCCACCGCCUCCUCCACCGCUCCCCCUCCAAACGUAAGCCCAAAACCAAGCGCGACGAGAAGCGCCAAAAGCAAGAAGACGCCCUCGCACCCUCCGUAGCCAACGAGGUAGAAGUGGCCGAGCGCGCGGGAACCGCCAAACCUGCCCCUACGCACCAAACUGGGCAUAUGCGCGGCGGAGCUGGUAGCCCGGCCCCAGGGGAUGGUGGGGCGAUGGAAAGGAGGGAGCGGGGGUUUGAUCCCCUCCCAGGUCUUUUGAAGAUGCGGGAGGAGUGGGUAAGAGGGUUUGCGGAGGAGGUGGGGAGGGAGGGGGAGGGUGAGGAGGGGAUGGAUAUAUUGGAGAAGGAGGAUGGGAACGAGAAGGAUGAAGAGGGCAUGAAUCUAGCGAAAAAGGAGAAUGCGGAAGAAGAGAAGGGAGGGGAGGGACCGAGGUUUGUCCCGGGAUCGCCAAUAGGGAGGGUAGGUCGGUGAGUAUGUUUGUUCAUGGGCCGUCGCCGAAGGGUGAGGGGAGGAUAAAGGAAAACGAGAAGGAGGAUGGGUGAGUGAGCCCCGAGGGCAGAAUUUGCGGGGGGGUG